ACAUCCCAGGACCUCCUGGUCAUGAUUGUGGACUACCCGUUGUGUGGCAUGCCAGCAAACCUCACCGAGGGGGAUGUCCGCAAACUGUACCUGGGCCCCAAUGAGGAUGGCAAUGGGGGCCUGGCACAAAAGUAUGCGCAAUGCUCAUACGGAAGGUUCAUCCUUAACACUACCACAUUUCGGGCGGUACGUGUGCCCCACGUAUGCUCGACACCCAUUACAAGCUCUUGCUCCUCUUUUGCAAUGCAAAUCCUAGCAGACACGGCUACUAAGAACCUUAUCGGACUUGCAGCCUUUUCUUCAUUCAAAUACUUCACCUAUAUAUUGCCUCCAGCAAUGCAGCAAGUGUGUUCCUGGGCAGGCCUGGCGACACUGCCAGGCCGGUAUACAUGGCUGCAGACGUCACCCUACGGGAUAUACAGAUGGGCAACAAUCAUGCAAGAAGGCAUCCACAACUAUGGCCUCUGGCACUCGUAUCGUAAUGGUAUCGAGUAUGAUGACUACUCCACAUCUAUGGGCCGAGGUGACACCUGUCCCAAUGCUCCGGAGAUCUCCCGCAUGGGCUGGGCCACACCCGCGCUCAGUGGCAACCAAAUAGAUGGGAACAUUUUGGUGCCAGGCACAGCUCUGUCCUUCACGCUGCCUGCCACCUACCUGACUGGUGAUAACAACUACAUCCGUGUGACACCCAACUGGCUGCCCGUAUACGUGGACCCCUCCCUGGGCCGAAACUUAUACAUGGCUGUCCGCGUGAAUAAGAGUGGAGAUGCCAGUCUGAAGGAAGAGUUUUCGAACAAGGUCAACAUACACGAAGUGAUUGCGCUCUUGGACAACGGCUUACCAAACCUCUAUGCAAACAGCGACCGCAAAAUCCAGUUCAUCAAUGCUGUCGGUCCGCUGUCUCAGCUGACACUGUCAGAUUAUAAGUUGGUCGUGUAUGGGGGAUCCUGGAAUGCAACGGAUGUUCUAAGGGUGCACCUCUGCCGGUUCGUGGCCUCACCCUCAGAGUGCCCUUCCCUCAGCACCCUGGAACCCCAGCCACCACCUGCACCUCCCCCACGCCCACCACCACCGGUGCCACCAUCCCCACGUCCACCGCCACGAAGCCCACCUCCCCCACGUUCACCACCGCCAAGCCCACCUUCCGUGCUUCGGCCGCCGCCCCCCAGCCCCCCGCCGCCCAGUUCACCACCACCCAGCCCACCA